AUGGAAGAAUUGUGCCCUAUAUGCUCCAAGCCAAUCUCCAAGUUGCUCCUAGAACGACAUGUCAAUAGUUGCUUAGAUAACCAAGAGGUCAAGCUGGAUACUGAAAAUACGACGGCUGACUCCGUCGAUUUGAAAGUGGCAAAGAAACGCGAUGCUUUUAGCGCCCUAGGGUUGAAGGCGUCUACAGAUGUGCAAGCGUCUAAAAAGAGGAAACCUAUGAGUGAACUGAAAGUGGGUAACCACAUUAAUAUUCAGAAAAGCAUAGCAGAGUCUAAACAACCACCGAGUGAGAAUGACGGGAUUAAAGAAGAGGAAACACGCGACAACGAAAACGAGCCUACACAAUCACCUUCUUCCAACAAUUUGGCUAGGGAGAUUGCAGAAUUGAAGCGGCAAGUUGGGAUUCCAUUAGCACAUAGACUACGACCAAAAACGUUGAAUGAUUUCAUCGGCCAGGAGAAAUUGCUAGGAACAGGUGCUCCGUUGAGAAAUAUCAUCAAAUCGGACUUGAUUCCAUCCUUUAUACUAUGGGGUCCUCCUGGAUGCGGUAAGACGACAUUGGGUCGAAUUAUAGCAAAGUCAACAAGCUGCAAAUUUGUGGAGCUUUCUGGCGCCAGCAGUGGAGCAAAAGAUUUGAAGCAGGUGUUUGUCCAAGCUGAAAAUCACAAGAAGCUAACGCAGCAACGCACAAUUUUAUUUGUUGACGAGAUUCACCGAUACAACAAAGCGGUACAAGAUUUGCUACUUCCUGUGGUUGAAAAAGGUGUUUGCACAGUAAUCGGAGCUACAACCGAAAACCCAUCAUUUUCGUUAAACAACGCGUUAUUGUCGAGGAUGCAGACUUUUGUUAUGGAAGCAUUCAGUACUGAGGCAAUUGUGAAAAUUUUAAACCGAGCUCUUUUCGAAGUUAACCGAACACGCAAGCUACUAUACAAUUUGCCGUACAUGACACUCGAAAAGGAUUCAUUUGAGUAUAUUGCCAGCUUGUGCAUGGGUGACUCACGUGCUGCUUUAAAUGUCCUCGAGACUGUAAAUGCCUACCUUUCAGCCGACAGGUUUGAGGAGAAAACGAGUGAUGGUGUCACGGUGAAUGUAACCGUUGAUGACCUCAAAAAGGUUUUAAAGUCGAGAAACUUUCACCAGAUGUACGAUAAGGACGGCGAUGCCCACUACGAUAUUAUAAGUGCUUUCCAUAAAUCAAUACGAGGAUCCGAUGCCGACGCGGCCAUGUUUUAUUUAGUGAAAAUGUUAUCCGGCGGCGAGGACCCUUUGUUUAUAUUAAGAAGAAUGACCGUCAUAGCUUCCGAAGACAUUGGCCUCCGAGAUAGCUCAUGUCUUCCUUUUAUAGUUUCGGCAAAACAAGCUUUUGAAUUUGUGGGGAUGCCUGAGGGUGAGAUUAUAUUGGCUCACUGUACCACCAAGCUUGCCCGGGCACCCAAAUCUACAAAAUCGUAUCGUGCAUUGAGAUCUGCUCAAAGGUUGAUUAGUGAAAAACCGGACGUGCUUCGACUACCUGUUCCUAUUCAUUUAAGGAAUGCUCCAACUCGUUUGAUGAAAGAUAUGGGUUUCGGUGAUGCCUACAAGUACAACCCCAAUUACGAGAAUGGUGUUGUAAAGCAAUCGUACUUUCCUGAUGGCAUGGAUCUGGUCAAGUUUCUUGAAGAUACACAUUUGGGUACUGCUAGAGACCCAGAUGUUAGCGAUGAGAGAUACAAACAAGAGCAAGCAGCUGUUGAUGAUUACAACGAUUAUAAACAGUAUGCAAAGGAGAAAGCUAGAAGACAGCGUUUGGAAGACGGGGGGCCCAAUGGUGAUUCAAAUGGAGCCGAGCCUAACCAAUUAGAAACAUCACAACAAAGUAAUACCGAUACUGACUGCGAUGAAGCGAGUGAAUAUUCCGACGAUCCUGACUGUACUAACAACUUUGGAAAAUCUUAUGAUGAGUUUUUGGAUAGGUACUCACAACCGGACUAUUUCAGUGACGAUCCACAACCAGAAUACUUGGAAUGA